ACGUCCUCCCUCUUCUCUUCUCUCCGGCAGAGCAGAACCAUCUAUCUGUCUCAUCUUUCCCCAUUUUAAAACCACUCCUCUUCCACUUCACUCUUCAAAUCAUUUUCCGACACUUUCUCGGGAAAAUCAGAGUCCUCGUUCUUUCAUACUUCCACUUUCCGCAGAUUUCGGUUCUCCAGAACCUUACCUUACCAGUUCCGUUUUGAAAUUGGACGCCCCGCCUCCGUACGUUUCUCAAGUUUGUUUAGGGUUAAGAAUCAGAGCUAGUAUAUAUUCCUAUUAGCUUCACUGUUGUCCGGUGGUUUUUUCUGGCCUUGCUUUUGUUAGACACAACUUCUGCUUCAGUCUAGAGUCUUGAAGUGUAGGAAGUGGAGGAAUAUUUCUUUAUAUGCUGAACGAUGAUUAGAGUUGCGGAUUCUGUGAAUGAACCUCUGAGGAACUCUGAAAAAUGCUUGGAUCCUCAACUAUGGCAUGCUUGUGCCGGUGGCAUGGUCCAGAUGCCAGCAGUACACUCCAAGGUGUACUAUUUCCCUCAGGGCCAUGCUGAACAUGCUAAUGGUAAUGUUGAUUUUCGGAAAUUUUUGAUUCCUCCACUAGUCUUAUGCCGGGUUUCUGGUAUUAAGUAUAUGGCAGCUCAGGAAACCGAUGAGGUUUAUGCAAAAAUGUUGUUAGUUCCUUUGAGAGAGAAUGAGUAUAAGGAUGAUGAUUUUAAUGGAAACAAUGGGAUUGAGAAUAAUGAGAAGAAACCCGCAUCCUUUGCUAAGACUUUAACACAGUCUGAUGCUAAUAAUGGUGGGGGUUUCUCUGUCCCACGGUAUUGUGCUGAAACUAUAUUCCCUAGACUGGAUUAUACCGCAGACCCUCCUGUUCAGAAUAUUUUGGCAACGGAUGUCCAUGGAAAUGUUUGGAAGUUUAGGCAUAUUUAUAGGGGAACGCCUCGUCGGCAUCUUUUGACAACUGGGUGGGGUAACUUUGUGAAUCAAAAGAAACUUGUAGCUGGUGAUUCAAUUGUGUUUCUGAGAGCAGAGAAUGGGGAUCUUCGUGUGGGCAUUCGUCGGGCAAAGAAAGGAAUUGGUAGUGGACAUGAGUAUUUGCCAGGAUGGAAUUUAGGGGGUGGAAACUCUGGCUCCCGGUUUUGGGGAUGUUCUCCCUUUCUGAAGGAGGAGGAGAGAACAUUGAUGAGGAGGAAUUCUGAUGGGUAUAUGAGUGGCAGAGUAAGGAUUGAUUCUGUUAUUGAAGCUGCAACUCUUGCUGCCAAUGGGCAGCCCUUUGAGGUUAUUUACUAUCCACGAGCAAGCACUCCAGAGUUUUGUGUGAAGGCCUCAUCAGUUAGAGCUGCAAUGCAAAUCCAGUGGUGUCCUGGGAUGAGGUUCAAAAUGGCUUUUGAAACUGAGGACUCAUCACGGAUUAGCUGGUUCAUGGGAACAAUAUCUUCUGUUCAGGUUGUUGAUCCCAUUCAUUGGCCUACUUCUCUGUGGCGUCUUCUCCAGGUACAAUGGGAUGAGCCAGAUUUGCUUCAAAAUGUGAAGUGCGUUAGUCCUUGGUUGGUUGAAUUGGUAUCAGACAUACCACCUGUUCAUCUCAAUUCUUUCUCACCACCAAGGAAAAAGAUGAGGCUUCCACAACAACCAGACUUUUUAUUCAACGAAUUUCUGGUGUCAUCAUUUUCUAGCAACCCUCUUGGAUCAAAUAGCCCCUUAUCUUGUGUUACAGACAACGUUCCUGCAGGCAUACAGGGAGCCAGGCAUGCACAAUUUGGAUUGUCUUCAGCAGAUCUCCACAUCAACAAGCUGCAGGAAGGUCUUUAUUCAGUUGGUUUUCAGCAGCUUGAUCGUGCUGCCCCACAUUCUAGAAACUUGACUAAGAACCUUUUCUGUGAGAAGCAAAACAGUGGUAAUACUUCUCACUUGUUGAGAAUUGGAAAUCCCCCUCUGAGUUCGGAGGGAAAAAAUGCAAUAAAGACACCUCAUAUCUUAUUGUUUGGUAAGGUCAUAGUCACUGAGCAGCAGUCUUCUCAAAGCUGCUCGGGUGAUACAGUUGGAAACAGUUUGUCAGAGGGAAAUACAGAGAAGACUGGUGUUUCUUCUGAUGGCUUUGGUUCUGCUCUACCUAAGAAUCCUCUAGAAAAUUCAUCAGAUGAAAGAUCUCCUUGGUACAAAGAACACAAAAAAACUGAUCUUGACUUGGAGACUGGUCAUUGCAAAGUUUUUAUGGAAUCAGAAGAUGUUGGUCGAACGCUUGAUAUUUCAGUCCUUGGGUCGUAUGCAGAGCUGUAUCAGAAGCUAGCCAACAUGUUUGGAAUAGAAAAUUCAGAGAUGUUGAGUGGCGUGCUCUAUCUGGAUACGACGGGUUCUGUUAAACAUGCUGGAGAUGAACCCUUCAGUGAGUUUCUGAAGACAGCAAGGAGGCUAACUAUUCUUACAGAUUAUGGCAGUGACAACAUAGGAAGGUAGAGGUUGUGGUGUUGGAUUCUGGCGGUGCCAACGUUUGAGGCUUGAUAUCAAGGAGUUUUCUCUAAUUGUACAAUCUUCAAAUGCUUGCUUUUUUAAUUCUUUAUUUUCUUCUUUUCGGAGAGUUGAAGAAGCUCACUUCAACCAAUUUUGGGAUAUAUCAUAUAAACCAUGUUUGGUAGCUUAUCUUGGAAUUCUUUUGUGAAACAUGAGAAAGGAUUGUAAUUUUCUCAAAAGCUAGGAAUUCAUUUUUAGUUUCUU